AUGGUUGCUUGUGGGAAAUUAAUUUUGACGGAAAUACCAUCGGUGCAAAAUAAAAUAGUCGAAUGUCUGCUUAGGAUUGUUUCUGAAGUUGACGAAUGGAUGACGGGAAAUAUUGAAAUUAAUAUCGAUGCAACAAAUCCAAUUGUUAAAGAUGAUUUUAUUAAUACAGCAGUUGCUUUUAGAAGGAGAAUCAACAGAUCUACCUUUCAAAUGGCCACAAAUAUUCAAAGUGAAAGUUAUGCAAUUUUUUUUCGAGUCUACUUCAUCGAAUCAUUGACAUCACUGGAAAAUUUCAAUCAUCUUCACAAGGAUCAUGGUAAAAAAUUUUUUCCCCAAGAUCAUUUCUACAUAAUAAUUCUACCUAAAGGAAUUCCGAAUUUUUUGCAUCUUUUGAGAGAAAUUUUUCAAAUAUUUUGGAAACUAUCUAUGAUUAAUGUUAAUGCUCUGAUUGAAGAUCAAGACGGAAUUGUUACUUUAUACACAUAUUUUCCAUUCAAAGAAUACCGCUGCAUGGAUAUCUCACCUGAAAUCAAUAAUCGUUUUGUAAAUGGAGUUUUUACAUACAAAAGAUUGCACUUUCCAAACAAAAUCACUAAUUUUUGGAAAUGUCCAUUGAAUGUUAUUGUUGGGACAGAACCACCAUUUAUUGAUAUAGAUAAUGGAGAACUUAUAGGUUUUGAUGGAUUACUUUUAAAACAACUAGCAAGUGUUUUGAAUUUUUCUAUAAAAAUUGUACGUUCUCCAUCAGGACAUGUAUUUGAUAAUCAAACAUUUACCGAUGGAUUUAAACUGUUAAACGAUGGAGUUGGAGAUUUAAUGAUUGGAGAUAAUAUUUGUACUGAAAAGAGAGCUAAAUAUUUUGCAACAAGUCACUAUAACACGUAUCAUAAAUACAUAGUUUUUCGAACGGAAAUUUCGGCUAGUUCUUUAAAGACAUUAGUUCUGCCCUUCGACUUAUGCACAUGGCUUAUUAUUUUAUGUCUUUCCAUAUACAAAUGGUUUGCUAAAUUUUUGUGGGAAACAAUAUCCAAGAAGCCUAUUGGUCAUCGUACUGGGACUUAUAAUUGGUUUAUCCUUGGACCAUACGUUGCGAGUUUUUUGAUUAUACGUAGUUUGUAUGAAGGUUCAGUUUUUAAAAUUUUCCACCAACGACCUAUUGGCGUCCGGCCCAACAGUUUUGACGAAGCAAUUCAGCAAGGUUAUAAAUUUAUGGCUACUACAGAAACCUAUUCUUUAAAUAGUGGUAUACCAGAGCUAAAGAACAAUAUUGUGUUUUUUAACACAUCCGAUCUAAUGGAAACAUUUUUUGAAACUGAAGGAAAAUAUGCAUUUUUUGCAUCGAAAGAACACAUGUCUAUUUACAGUAAAGGACGAAUGUAUUUCUUGGCUAAGAAACCUCUUUUGACAAGAUUUACAUGUAUGUUUAUGACAAGGUUAUCUUAUAUGACAUCAGAAUUUAAUAACAAAAUUGAUCAAUUGAGAACCCAUGGACACGUGGAUAAAAUUUAUAGUUUAUUUUUCAAUAUAAAAGUACCAUCUGCAAAGGAAAGCAGUAAGACUCAGGCGUAUUUUUCUAUAAAACAAUUAAUGGGAGCAUUUCAUUUUUAUUGUAUUUCGAUUUCAGUUAGUUCGUUGAUUUUUAUAUUUGAAAUGUAUUUGCGACUUCAAUAA